UGGCUGGCGGACCGUGCCGCGCCGGAAGUCGCAGCCCGCGCCGCCGCCGACGGGCGCGUGAUGGCGGGCUGGGGGCUGCUGGGCCGCUUGGGGGCCCGUCUGUGGGCCCGGGGGCCGGGGAGGCCGCUCCUGGCAGCAGCGGUGGCUUCCGCCGACAGGGGACAGCUGGGCUUUGUGGUCAGGCAUGUUAACAGUACAACGUGGUGGAGUGAGCAUCUGUCUGAAGAGAAUGUUGAGUUUCUCAAGAAGAUAACUGCAGAAGAGUACAAAGCUCAGACAGCCAGCAAGCUGUGCCCUCUGAAAGAUGAACCAUGGCCAUUGAAUGAGUGGAAACCAGGUUCCAUCAGAGUUGGUGUCGUUGCCAUAAAAUUGGGAAUGAUGCCAAUAUGGACCAAGUCAGGAGAGAAGCAUGUAGUCACUCUACUUAAGGUGCAAGAUUGUCAUGUUUUAAAGUACAUUUCAAAAGAAGAUUCAGGUGGCAAAUCACCUAGGCUAAUUGUUGGAGGGAAAAAUGCGUCUCCUUUUUCGAAAUCUGAGUCUGAAAUGGAAAUUUUUAGAGAAGCUGGAGUACCACGGAAACAGAAAAUUACAACAUUUAAUGUAACAGAUGAUGCCAUCAUUAAACCAGGUACUCCUUUGUAUGCUGCUCACUUCCGCCCAGGGCAGUUCGUGGAUGUUACUGCAAAAACAAUUGGUAAAGGAUUUCAAGGUGUUAUGAAAAGAUGGGGAUUUAAAGGCCAGCCUGCUAGCCAUGGCCAAACUAAAACUCACAGACGUCCUGGAGCAAUAUCUACCAAUAAAGCUUCCAAAGUUUACCGUGGAAAGAAAAUGCCUGGUAAAAUGGGUAACAUUUACAGGACAUCUUUUGGAUUAAAGGUGUGGAGAGUCAACACAAAACAUGACAUUAUUUAUGUAAAUGGGUCUGUUCCAGGUCACAAAAAUUGUCUGGUGAAGUCAUAUUGUUAAAACCCAUCCACACUUAAAUGGACCUGUGGCAACUGGAUCUGCCCCAUCUCAGAUAUCUGUCUGCAAGCAUUACAACGUUUCAUUAAGCCACUGAGACUGAAGACGGUUCUUACUUCAACCAGCUCAAGACCUUUAUUCCAGCUAGACUUAACAGAUUCAUUUUUUGAGUUCUGGUUUUAAGUGAGUUAAGAAAACAAACAUUUAUUAAGCACCUGUAAUAUGAAGUAGUUUUUGUUUUGUUUUGUUUUUAACCAAUAUCACGUGUGUUAAUAUUGCACAUUUUUACUUACGCUGUGGAGAUGGCAUUUAAACAGAGCCAUCUGCAGCUUGCUGAUCAGACAUUGUAUGCUUCUGCUUGGAGAAUAACUUACAGGAAGGGUAGUGCACUUCUCUCAUCAUUGGGUCAACUCCACCUUUAACUUUUUCUUCACUAAGAUACUACUUUCACUUAGAGUCCAUAGCAUCCCUCUUACAUUUACUGGUUUUGUUCUGAAAGCAGUCCUGCUGUUGGCUUAAAAAAAAAAAAGAAAAUCCUUCAGGAAGCAGUACUGCUGUAGGCAGCAACUUGUUAAUAGGGAACUGCUGGGCCAAACCAUCUGAGCAUAUUCAGUAAAACAACUUUGGCAUCUAAAAUGUGAAGAGGAUAACUGACUUCGAUUGUCGUGGCAGUCUGCUGUAUUACCAUUUAAGUGCCUGCCGUUUUUGCUAGUGAUUUACGUUCUGUUCACUCGCCAUGGAUGAAAGUUGAAAUUUUAUCCUAAGAUCAGAGGUUAAAAUGGUUCCUUUUUUUUUUAAUUUAAUUUGUCAUUAUGAAGUAAAUGACACAAAAAGCACUUUUCUAACUAUUGCCCUGUCUUUUGUUUAACAUGUAGAAUUUCUAUUAAUUGUAUUUGCAAUUUACCUAUGUUUGAAGAUACUUCAGGUCAUAGUUACCGGCAAUUUAAAAGUCCAGAUAUCUUGAAGUAUGCUUUCUGGCAUAUGCAAGCACAUUUCAGAGUUGCAGCUUUUUUCAUUAUUAGAAAUCAGGAUUGAGGAUCCAUGAGAAGAAAGAGUGUAUUUCAUCCCUUAGAACUGCUUGAUUGAAAUGGUGUAAUACUUGAAAGACUGUCGUCUUGGCCAAAAGCUCUGCAAACUCCUUUAAAUGUUCGUGGCUUUUUGGUAACAAAUAACUUGUGCUUUGACAUGAAGGCACAGUUUUUUUGAAAAAGAGCUCCACUCACAUAUUUGGUGAUUGGAAGAGAGGGUAUAGUCAGCAACAGUUUAUUCCAAAUCCUUCAACUUGAUGAAUCCAUUCUGUAUUUUUUCAUAAGCCAUAUGAGUUGGGUAUUAAUUCAAAAAUCUUCUAUUUUCAAAUACAUGUCUGGAGAACAGAGGAAGCUUUAAUUAAAAAAGCAUCAUGCAAUGCAAUGCUAUUGUGUGUGUGUUCUCCCAUUUCUGCUUUUUCUCCAUUUAAUCUUGCUGCUUUUUUCUGUGGUGUUUUGAGCUUGUGUCUUAAUGCCUUUCUUCUAUGAUGUUUUGUUAUUUACAUAGAGCCUUUGACUCUCUAUACAUUGACGUUAAAGCUGUUUGGAUCUGUAGCUGGGGAGAGAAAUCAGGAGAUACCAGCUUCUAUAAUUACUGUGCAUUCCACUAAAUACCUGCCUAUAAUUAGGUAGGGUUAAUGUCUAGGGGAUGUGGAGCUAUCUGUCUUUAUCUGAGCUUGUGAGUGGAGUAUCGUGAUAAUGCUUUUCUCUUUGUGUGCCUCUAAGAAGAAAGCAUUUCUGUCCAGUGCCCACUCUUUGUUGCUUGGUAACCAUUAAAACCAUGGUGCACCUUAAAGCAUGUAUUUAUUUUUGUAUUUUAUGUAUUUUUGGAAACUUAGUGCAUCAGCACAGUGUCCAGACUGAGAUGAAGCACUUGAGUUUUUCAAGUUUAAUUUUCAGCAGAAAAACUGCCGAGUACUAGGAUGGAUUCCUGGUUUAAUUAGAAGUCAGUUUUCAUUUGAUAUUGCACACUGAACCAUGCAGGUAAAUAACUGACACAAGUAAUGUUUCUAGUCAGCUGGAAAACUAAUCAAAAAAGCUUACUUUGUCAUUUAAAAAGGAAUUUAUGCUCAGAUCUAAUAAAAUACAGAAAUCUUAGCUGUAGGCAAUAAUGUAUGUUUUGAGGGGUUUUUUGUUACAAACUGCAGGGUAAACAUUUGUAAAUUAGUGUGUUGUGCCUGUUGAGAUAACCUACUCACAUAAUACCUGUUAGCUUAUUGGCAUUGCCGUAUCUCCUUGGAUUACUAGGCCUGAAGUUACUGACUAUGGUGCUGAUACUCUUUUUUUUUUUUUUUUUUUUUUAAGUUAAUAGUUUUUCUUUUGGGAUGAGAAAACUCUGACUUUGGGUAUCUCUCCACAGUAUAUUAUCAAAAAGUUAUCUUUUCUGUCUUUUAAGAGAGGAGCACAAGACUAAUUCCCUUUUUAAUUAGAUGCUUUACAAUAGAGAGGAUAUUGUAAUAUGGUGUGUUUAUAAUACACGAUGUUGUAGUUUACAGUUGACAGUGUUUGAUAUGUGGCCUAUUUUUAAGGCACAUACCAUCCUGAUUGUUUUAGGACAGUCAAUGUUGAUCAUCUUGAAUGUAUCAUUUAUAGUGAAAGCAGAAAUUCUGGCAAAUCAGGUAACCCAUAGGAGUUCCUUAGCAACUUAGAUAUUGAACUUGCCUUUGUACAAGUCAGAAUUACACUCGAAGCAUGCAGUUGCUUCGGUAUGUACUCUGCAUGACCUAAUAAGCGUAACCUGCCAAUCUUCCCCUGCUAUUUCUUUUCUUUUCUUUUUUUUUUUUUUUUUAAGAAGUCUGUAGUUACAUAGUUUGCAUCCUACUGGUUUUCUGAGACGUGUGCUACUCUUACAAUCUGUGUUUCUAGUUGCUGGAACGUGAGUUGUGUGUACCGUGCUCAAAUUGAACAAAUACAGGAAGAGUGUGAUGUCUUGACAUUUUUUCUUCUUUGUGUCCCCUGUCCUGUAUCUUGGGUUCCAUGAUAGAGUGGUGGCGGGUUUGGGGGGUUUUUUUGUUGUUGUUUUUGAUUUUUAAGACAAAAUAAGGCUGUUCUGAAAUGGGUAUAGUUCUUGAAUUCAAUUUCCUGUCCAACUUCUAACGUAGCUUAGAAGCUGAGGUAGGUAAUGUAUGACACCUUAGGAAAUUACUUUUAACAAAUUUUGUAUAUUUAAACACUUUUCUGUUAGCAACCAGUUGGCAUUCUGCUGCUGUGGAUGCUAACACAGCCUGAAGCCUCAUUAAAGUGCAAAUGUGAGCUGUGACUUAAGCAUGAAGUUUUGAUGUUUAUUUAAGACUGUAUUAAGUAUUUCGUGCUGAUAUAUUUCUGAAAUUGUAUUUGUUUAUCCUAACUAUUAUGCUGUCAACAUAUGAGGGAUGAAUAUGUGCAGUUUAUUAAGUGUCUGCUAAACCGUUUAUGUCUGUUUUAAAGAUUUAGUGACAAAAUCAUGACCAGGUCCAAUUUCUGCUUUCUCUAGUAUUUUUCUCAAUUUAAAAACUUCACAGAUAAUAUAUAGUGAUAUUAAUAUAGUAGUUAAGCAAACCAAGUCAUUGUCUUAUACAAAGUUAUAACAGUGAAUGUUUACAUGGACAGUAACAGCCAGUUGGGCUCUCAGCCUAAUUCCUGCUGUGGAUGAGAGCUAAAUUCAUUGAGCUAUAGUAACACUGAACAUUAAAUCUUAUUCUGACUUCAUGGGGGCUCCUGUCUUUUUGAGAGCUCUUGGGAAGAGAGGGCUAAUAUAUUGAAAUGGGUCAAUGCUAACCUGCAGAAAAGUACUUUUAAAAAGUUUAAUAAUGUCAGGGCCAUGACUUUGAGUCAUAGACAUCAUUUUUGUCUUAGGGUCUAAAAAUAGUUACCUGAGAAAUUUGUAUGUUAAAUAUUUGCACAUAAUUGUACAUCUGUUAGAGGAUAUGGCUGUGCUAUAGAAGUUUACUGAAGUAAUUGCUUAUAACAACCAGUUUCAGUAUAGAAUAAAAGAAAUUGUAAACUUCAUAUGUUUGGGAAGGAAGAAAGUGAAGUAGUAUUUGGUACAGUUUUGAAUUCUUUGCAAUGAAGCAGUUUUUCAGCCUUGGGUUUUUGACUCUGAGGAAUAAGGUAAAGGACAUUCAGUGGGAUUUUUUUACCUUAUUAGGGAUGCUUUCAGAAGGAUUACUGAGAGUAGAGCUCAUACUGGAUCACUCAUACUUCUUGUCUGCGUACAUUUUUAUACAGACAAGUGUAACUGCUGCUGCAUACCACUAAGCUCCUUUAUAGUAUUGUGAAAUAUGUGUAGCAAUCUGAGGGAAAUACAUAUACAAAACCUUUGGUAUGCUGUGUCCUUCAUAAAUGUAGAGAAAGUCAUUCAGUAAUUGCUUGCAGACAGGUAAAUUGCACUGCUUUUUGAGUUGCUAAUCAAAACUUUCAGACAUAAAGUGAAAUUCAGUCCUUUUGGUAGGAAUAAUAAUAGCAGUCUAACAGCUCUUGAAACUUAGAAGGGAAAGAGGCAUGGUCUUUCAGACUGGUAUUGAUGCGCUAUGUUUGUGCUUCAGGACUAGAACUUAACUUGCGUUUGAAAGAACUGAACAUAGAAAAAAGAUGAAAGUGCAAAAAGAGCAGUAGCUUUGGCCAAUCGAAAGAAAUGCUGUAUCAGCUAUACUGAUUGAAAGAAACAGCACAUCAGAAGAAAAUAAUUUUGCUGGAACUUUUGCAACAAAGGUCUUGGGAUUUUGAUCUCAGCCUAGUUUAUUCCACAUCGGUCUGUAAUAUAACUUGCUCUCUGCCCAGACUACAGGUACUUCAACAAUUAGGUAUGGCAGUUUGCAGGUGGGUAGAGAACAGCAUUAAUAAGGAGGUGUCUGGCAGAAGAGGAAUGACCUACUCCAAAAGCUGUGUAGCCAUCCAAGCCAAUACAGCAUACUAAGCCUUUCUCCUCCUCGUUCUUAGCAAAGAGUUUGGUUUUGUUUAUCAAACCUGGAAGACUUCCAUUCAGAAAGGUAUUGAAACUUCCUGGCAAAAGAAAAUAAACAGCAGUUUUUCAGAAGCUGAAGUUUAAGUAAAAUUUAUUGUGUACUACUUCUGCAAGAAUCCUCUUGGACUUUGGGAAAGACUUAGGUAAUAGCAGAUGUGAAUCUGGUAAAUACAGUGCUGUCAGAACAGCACCGUCAGUAGGCAUAAAAUUGUUUUAUUUAAUUUUGCUGUAAAUCAUGGUUGUCUUAUGUGGAUUUCUUUCCAAACAAGUAAGAAGUUUCCUAUUCUUAAGCAGCCCAUCAGAAAAAAAAAAAAAAAAUAGAGCUUUUCCUCACUACAGUAAACUUUUUUUCUCUAACCUAUUUGUACUCUUUUUAGUCUAGUUGAAUAUAGUAGUGACUGAAAGGAAUUAUUAAAGCUCCUACAGGAAGAUCAUACGUAACAAUACAGAAAUGAAGAAUUUGGGUUUAAAUAAAAUUUCAUCAUUUGAGAAUUUGUAACUCUCCUUUCUUCCGAGAUACCAGCUCUCUAUCUUCUACCUCAGACAGUCUGCUUUUUGCUGAUAAUUCUAGCUACUAAUUUUCUUCAGAGAUUGGAGUUUCAAGGGCUAGAUUUUAAAUCUUUUGACAUGUAGAAAGGUCAGUAUAGGAAAGUUAUUUCUGUUUGGCAUUAUCUUUCUUAGAAAUUAACUUUCUUAAAGGCACAUGUUCUACAAACCUGGGUACUGAUUCUGUGAAGAAUUCUAGCUACUCUAACUCUGCGUUCAUUGAAUAGCUCCAUAGUAGUCAGAGAGACCAGGUACAGCACAUGAAGUUAAGUACUUGUGCAUAUCUCUGCAAAAUUAGGCCAGAAGUAGUUUGUUCCACCAAGUCAAAAAGGAUGUCUUGGUUGUUGAAGAGAUUACACUGCAUAAUAUAACUUGAUAUGUCCUAUAGGAAAAUAAUGUGAGAUAUAAACAUAGUUAAACCCAGCCUUAUUUACACAUUUAUUUUAACAGCAUUUUAAAAUAGUGAGGCAUGGAUUCAUAGUGGUAGACUUUGAUCUCUCUCAGUACAAGUGAUGAAGUCUGGGUUAGGGGCUUGUUUGGUUGUUUUUGUUUGUUUUUUUUUUAAAAAAAAACUCUUCAAUUGGGUAAAAAAUACUAAAUUCAGUAGCUGGGUUUGGUAUUAAAAUGACUGAUGAUUAAACAUGGAAUUCUUCAGAUAAAUGAGAAUAGUAGGAAUACUGUUUUUCUUACGCAUUCAAGGUGAUUUCUUUAAGCUUUAGUGCAUCACUGUCUGUGAGUCUUCUGUUAGAUUUAUUAAAUCCUUUCUUUCCCCCCACUUUC